CGAUUCCGAUUCCAAUUCUUCAAACCCCCAAAAAAGCUUCCAUUUUUAUCGAUAUUUCCCUCUUUUCAGCCAUGAAUCCAUAAACAGUUUAAAGGAAAUCUUUGAAGAACAAAUCACGAAACACAAAGAAGAAGAUAUGUCCACAGUUUGGUUUUCUUUAAAGAAAUCAUUUCACUGCGAAUCGGAUUCUGCGGACGUCCACGACCCGAAACCCAAGACCCAUUUGUCUGCAAUUUUGACCCGAAAACCAAGCCGGUGGGGUUGUUCAAGAUCCAUCGCAAAUCUCAAAGAUGUCAUCAAUGGCGGAAGCAAAAGACACUCAGAAAACCCAGUGAAUUGCAGUCCAAGAUCAAUUGGGAGCAAUGAAUUCCCGAAUCCGAUCACCCAUGAAGUAAUUCUCAAUAAUUCCAAAUGCGAGAUUAAAAUCACCGGUUUCGGCGGCGGAUUUCACGACGGAAUCGGCGGCAGCGCGGAUGGGUCACCGUUAGUGGGGACGUUAUUGGCACCGGUUUCCGGUGGGAAUUCAACAAUGCAGUAUUCCAAAAGUACUACUCCAAGAAGGACGAUUUCAUCGAUGGAAAGAGGAGAUGGGAAUGGAAUUGGAAAUUCUGUCCAUUUAGGAAUUACCGGCGCCGGCGGGAAGAACACAGUCGUACAAAAACCUAGAAUGUCGUCGGAGACGGAAACCAAUGGGUCUGCCGCCGGCGGAGUCACGUGCCAUAAGUGUGGCAAGCAGUUUCGAAAUUGGGAGAAUCUUGAAUCCCAUCAUCUUUCUAAACAUGCUGUUACUGAACUUAUGGAGGGUGAUUCCUCUAGGAAGAUAGUCGAAAUCAUUUGUCGUUCGAGCUGGUCGAAAUCCGAAACCAGUUCCGGUCGAAUCGAGAAGGUCUUGAAGGUCCACAACAUGCAAAAAACCCUAGCUCGGUUCGAAGAAUAUCGAGAACUAGUGAAAACAAAAGCCGGCAUACUACCCAAGAAACACCCUCGAUGUCGUGCCGACGGGAACGAGCUAUUACGGUUUUAUGGCGCCACGAUUUCUUGUUCUUUAGGCAUCAACGGCGCCUCAAGUCUCUGCAUAUCCGAUAAAUGUAGCGUUUGCCGGAUAAUACGAGACGGGUUUUCCGCGAAAAGGGAAGUCAAGGGCGGAAUAGGCGUUUUCACAACUUCGACUAGCAUACGGGCUUUUGAAUCAAUAGAAGUUCUUGAAGAAAGCCCGGAUACACGAAAAGCGUUGAUUGUGUGCCGAGUGAUAGCCGGGAGGGUGCACCGGCCGCUAGAAGACAUCCAAGAAAUGGCGGGUCAAUCGGGGUUCGACUCAUUGGCCGGAAAAGUCGGACUUUAUUCGAAUAUCGAGGAGCUUUAUUUGCUAAGUCCAAAAGCUCUUCUUCCUUGCUUUGUGGUGAUCUGCAAGCCCUAAAGAGAACACAUAUAGUAGAAUGCCAUUUUUGGUACAUUUCUUGCUAAAAGCUUCAUUAGAUAGAUUCAUGAUCCUUUUGUUCGUUGUCCGUUAACACCGAUAUUUCCUUCGAAGAAACGAAACUAUGUUUCUUUAUGUAAUGCAGAUAAAAAAAGCGUUUUUAAGUUC